CUGACGGCAGCGUUCAUCCUCGUCCACGCCGCUGCGGUUCUUCCACGGACACCCGCGGGGGGAGGCAGCGGCUUCCUUGGAGAGAGGCGAGCUCCGGCGUGCAUAUUUCCUCCGCACGCUGCGCGCACAAGCGCACGCAGGCUUGUUUUUCAUGCGCACUACGACGCACAAGAAGUGUGCACAAAUCGGGAUCGUGAGGACCAGUUUUUGAGUCCCUACAAAGCACACCUGGCGGUGGGAUCAAAGUUGUUGCUGCAGCUGACCAACAUCUGGAUUGCGCGCCACAUUGCGCUUUUUUUUCAACCCCGACCAUCCACGUAUGGACUGUGGGCGCAUCGUGCAAGACAACGUCUGCGUGGAGUCCUCAGUGGGUGCUGGACUGGACCGGACCUUACUCUGACAGGAAUGCAGAGCCGGGAUUUGUCCUAUCCACUAUCAGCUGUGACACUCAUUCUGUCCAGUCAUAGGUCAUGCUGAGACAAGUCCUCCUCAACUACACCCGCACCCCUCACCUGGACCUGGUGCUUAUGGCCGCGUCCUCCACCAGCGCCCCCGCCUCCGUCAACGUGUCCCACGGCAGCUUGGUGAGUGUGGCCGCGCUGCUCAGACCCACCUCGGGCCGGGGCGGCGGCGGCGGGCUCCGAGAUGGCGAGCUGCACAAACCGGACCUCCUGACCUACAUCGUCAUGUGCCUGCUGCUCUUCCUGCUGGUGCUGCUCAUCGUCUUCUUCAUCAACUGCCAGCUGAGGAACUCUUUCUUCGCCUCCAUGCCCUACGACAGGUCUCUGAGAGAAGCCCGGACCUCCUACAAGUAGGAUCGGGUUCCCGGCUUCCUGCUCAAGGGAUGCGCGUGAAAAUGGUUGCCUUUCUCGUUUCUGUCGGACAUGGUCUUGAUGGUCUGGAUGGGAAUCCCAAACAUGAGCCCACACAUGCUGGUCAGGAUUAAAGCAAGCAAUGAUCAAUAAUGAGUAUGGGCCUACUGCAGCUUACAGGACCACAGGCCACUGGGGACUUGUAUUUUCUUUUAUUUGGAACACACCUUACUUUCAUUUUUUUUUUAGACACAUAAACCUUGUUGGUGUUUUAUGCUGCAUUCAAGAUUUCCUGGGAAGUUGGAAGAAACUUACAAAAAAAGAUUGAUACGCUAGUUUUUGUUUAUGAACAGAAGGAAAGCCUUGGGCAGGUUUUAACUGAUUCACUUACAGUAGGAAGGGGUUUCAUCUGGCCCCAUUUGUCACGGUUCACCUGACACAUGAAACGUGACGAAUUGGGGAGUGCACCAUUCACUUAAGCCGCCAGACGUCAGUAGAGCGUUGAAUAUCUUAACAUGUAUUUUGUGGCAAUUCCAACUUUGACCACAACCUCGCAUUACGACGCUGUAUCGAUCCGUUGUGGUGAAGAAGGAGCUGAGCCGGAAGGCAAAGCUCUCAAUUUACCGGUCGAUCUACGUUCCCAUCCUCACCUAUGGUCAUGAGCUUUGGGUUAUGACCGAAAGGACAAGAUCACGGAUACAUAUGAGCUUCCUCCGCCGGGUGGCGGGUCUCUCCCUUAGAGAUAGGGUGAGAAGCUCUGUCAUCCGGGAGGAGCUCACCUCAUCUGGCUCCUCCACAUGGAGCCAGAUGAGGUGGUUCGGGCAUCUGGUCAGGAUGCAACCCGGACGCUUCCCUAGGGAGGUGUUUUUGGGCAAGUCCGACCAGUAGGAGGCCACGGGGAAGACCCAGGACACGUUGGGAAGACUAUGUCUCCCGGCUGGCCUGGGAACGCCUCGGGACCGCGACCCGACCUUGGAUAAGCGGCAGAAGAUGGAUGGAUGGAUGGAUGGACCGCAACCUCAGUUGCUAUGUAGAGGGGCGCUUUACAUUAUUUUCAGAAGACUACAUUGCAAAAUGAUUAUUCUCACACAAGAUCCUCCCGGGAAUGGGUCCAUUUGAAUCCCUUCAAAAAAGUAAGGAGAAUUUUUUUAUCCUUUCUAUUUCCAACUUUUUGUUUUGUUAUUCCCAAAUCUCGGAAACUUUGAGUUUUUUCACAAGAUCUUUUAAAACCUCUUAAGGCCCAAGCUGUUUGUUUACAUGUUUUUUUUUUUAUUUCUCUUUGCUAUUUGGGCUUAUUGGACCCUAAUUAGAAUAAAAACUAAGAAUCAUCUUUUGAUAUGAUGUACUUAGUCCAUAAGUACACAAACGUGUACUUCAUGUUUAGUCACAUGCUAAUUCUUAUUUUUACACCUUUUAUUCCCAAAUUCCAUUGUAUGUUACACUCUUCCGACACCACCAGAUGGCAGUAUAAGUGUCCACAUAAGCGGCCAUAAUACCCCAAUUCAGUAGUGUACACAAUUUUGUAAAUAAGAGCUAAAAGGUGCUGUCCACGCAUGUGGCCACUAAGCCUUUAGAGGUUUUAAACACCACAUACUACAACUUUAGGAAGUUCUCUGCUGAAUGCGAUUGGUCACUUUUUCUUGAAAACGUCAGCCAGCAAUUGCGUUUUAUGGUCGUUUACACUGCACAUCAAAUCUGGUUUUUGUUUGCCCUCAAGUGACACAGAUCAGACAUUUUUUGCCAGUCCAAACGAUCCAAUGUGCUUCAAAAUCGCAUCAAAUUCAGGCCCACAUAAGGAGGUAGUCCAAAUCCGAUUGGAAUCAGAUUUUUUCAAACGUGACUUCAGUCCAAACGCAAUGCGACUUGAAAACGACUACAUUUCCCAGUAGCUUGGCGGUAGCUUCACUAUACUUUGAGUUAGUGGCGAUUCCUGUAGCUUAGCUAUUUUUAAGACUCAUGCAGCGAGGUCGCUUACAUCAAAGCUACAAAGAGAGAAAAUGGACUGCAAGUCCAGGCCAAAAAAUCCGGAGAAAACCCUAUGACAUGAAAGAAUGACAACAUCCAUACAUACGGAGAACAUUCAUUGAUUGAUUGAUUGAGACUUUUAUUAGUAGGUUGCACAGUGAAGUACAUAUUCCGUACAAUUGACCACUAAAUGGUAACACCCGAAUAAGUUUUUCAACUUGUUUAAGUCGGGGU